AUGUUGCUUGCAAAUAUUGCUCACCCCAAUUGGCUUUGCAUUGGGGAUUUCAAUCAUAUUCUAAAUGGGGAUGAUAAGUUUUCCUUUAAUGAGGGUAGGAUUAUAGGGUCUGAAUCUUUUAAUCAAUUAAUUUCUGACCUGGAAUUAUGUGAAUUGGCUGCCUUUGGCCAGAGAUUCACUUGGAUGAAUAACAGAGAGGAUGAUGACUUUGUAACGGAGAGGCUAGAUAGAGCAUUUGCUAUUGUGGACUGGAUUCAUACCUACCCUUCUUAUGCUCUACAAAAUUUGCCUAUCGUACAUUCUGAUCAUGGACCAAUAAUGCUUGAUUUUGAGCUCAGGUUACCCUUUCAUUUUGAACGCAUGUGGCUCACUCAUCCCUUAUGCAAGCAUGUGGUCCAACAAGCUUGGAAUUUUCGCACUAAUGGAUCUAGAGCUGUCUAA